AUGGCUUACAAUCCGUACAAUGGUUCAUGCUCAUACCCACAACAAUAUCCAUCGCCAUACGUUCCACCACCACCACCAGCGGUGAUCCCAGUCGCACCAGUUGCGCCAAUCGUCACACCAGCCUACUAUCCGCCACCACAGCCAGUAAUCACCGGACCGCCAGUUGUUAUUGUAAUCAAUCCUUUGUUCUUAUUAGAACAAAGGGCUCUAUCGGGAAGCCCUCUAUACGAAGACAUGAUCACUCCAGAGUCAAAGUUUUCGGGCGAAGCCUUGGAAAUGAAGGAUGUGCGGACAGUUUUUGUUGGAGGCACAGAAGAUGACCAACAACGAUCUAAUAGAGUGCUAUUGUUGCUGGGUCCAUCAAGCUCCGGAAAAUCCGAUUUGAUCGAUUUUUUCUGCAACUAUUUUUAUGGCACUGACCCAAAUUCAGGAUAUCGAUAUCGAAUUGCUAAUGAAAAAUUCAGCGACAAUACGCCAAACCGACCAAUUCAAUGUUACAUUUUUAACAAUACAAAUAUGGCAGUGCGGCCAGUUAUCAUAGAUACACCAGGAUGCGGGGACACCAUAAAUAACGUUGAGGCUUCUGAAUUCACAUUGUCAUGGUUAGUAAGCAACUGGAAAAUGAGAAUCGAUGCUAUUGGAGUGGUGUUCUCGGAUUUAUAUCGAAUGAGCACCCAUGAGGAAACAGAAUUACAAAAGAUUUUGACAGAGCUUCCAAAUCAUGUAAGCGAUAAUAUUGUUGUGUUCAUUACUGCUUCCGAUGGUUCUAGAAUAUUUGAACCGUUAAUUCGCCGCUUCGGUUUAUCCGAGAAGAAAAAAUACACAAUAAAUACAUCUUGUAUUUUUCAAAAACCAUUAGAGGAUCGUUUGAACGAUGAGCACCGUAAAAGAUAUUGGAAAAUGUCGACAAACCAGUUCAAGGAUUUUUACGAUUACCUUCAUACAAUUACGCCUGUCACAAUAUCCGGAUUGCCUUAUAUUGACGACGCGCUCUACGGAUCGCAUUAUGAGUCGAGAAGAAGCUCAAGUAGUGAAAACACAUCAAGAAGCCCAGCAACAGUCAUUGAAGCACCGAUUACGACAAUGAUACCACCAUCAAUUCCACCAAAAUCGCCAUCACCGCUCAAACCAAACAUUCCGCCUCCGCCUCCGCCAUUGCCGGCAUCGCCGCCGCCGCCGCCAACAUCGACAAUACCGCGACGAGACGAUUCGUCAUCGUUUGGAAUCCCACUUCGCGACGAGAAACGUGUGUCAGCGACGCCGCCUCCGCCAAGACCGCCAAAUUUUGCGCCACCCCAACCACCGCCGACGAAUCGUGCUAGUGUGCCUAGCGGCACAAUUGCUUUGGAACGCGCAAUGGCAGACACCACAAACCGAACAGCUCCAGCACCUUACGAUUACGCAUAUCGCGCUACUGAUGAUCCAGGAUAUAUGCAACCGAGAGAUUCGCAAUUGAAAAGUCAAUAUGAGCUACGGAACGGAAUUCUGACGAGAAGACAUAGCGUUCCAGACGACGUUCGCCAUUACGCUGACGAGUACACACCUCCUCCAGUAGUACAUGAUAUUGCGGACCGCUACUCAACAGUUGCUUAUAUGAACCAAGACCCCUAUGUAACAAAAAUCAACAAUAUUGGAGUUCGAGACGCUUAUAGAUUAAGCCGAGACGGAUUACAAAUAGUCGAUAAGAAUCAAAGCAGUACAACAAAUUCACCAAACGAGGAGCUUCAAAGAAUGAAUUCAGGGAGAAGUGCGACAUCAGUUAAGCCAACCAGCGAUUUAGCGUCCAAUUACGUCUACGAGGAACGCCAUUAUAGUUCACAAAGCGGCGAAAGACAGUCAAGAUCCGCCGCUCAAACUACCGACCGUAAACGCUGGUCGAAGUCGUCGGAUGCCGCUCGUAGUGAAACAUUCUUCAAUGAUCCAUAUUAUACAGGGCCCGAUGUUAUCACUGGCUUUGGCACUAUUGAAACGAGACGCAGCAAAACAAGCCUACACAGCUUCGGGCCCGAGCUGGUGCACUCGGAAAACAAAUAUGACUAUCAACCCGUGAAUGAGUCAGUUUAUGUGAAUAAGGAUGCGUUUGAUAGAAGCGAAACCUAUAGAAGAAGCCGACGACAGUCAGAAGGAUCAACACAGAUUUAUAUUGAUCGCCGCAUUUCUCCAGAACGUCAAAGAAAAGAUUAUGGCUUCAUCGAAACAAAACCAAACCCGCCACCUCCUCCAGUUGUUCGUAGAAUAAACGGAGGAGAAGUUCGAGAAGAAGAGCGGUCUGUUUAUGAAGCCUAUUCUCAAAUCAAUCAGAACAGAAAUAGAUACGAUCAACCGCCGACUGAGCCGUAUCAGCCAAAUCAUUAUAUCAUUCCAAAUUCGAUGAGAGGAUCCGGAUCGCCAAUUCAAGUGAGAGUGCAUCUGGCUGGAAAAAGUCCAGAAUGUAUUGUCCGUCGUAUUCAUGCCGACCCCUAUAAUCCAUAUGGAUCAAUUCAUGGAAGACCACAAGAAGUGACGGAAGAAACGACGACUACUACUACUACAACUCGUAAAGAGGAGAUUGAGCGAAAACGUAAAAAGAAGGAGGAAGAAUUACGACGUAAACGACUUGACGAGCAACGCCGUCGUGAAGAGGAGGAGCGUAGAAGAAGAUACGAGGAAGUACAGCGAAGACGUCAAUAUGAAUACAAUGCGCGUGGUAGUGGUUUAAUGGGUUGGUCCAGAAGAUUGAAAGUUGUUUAG